AUGGCGGAUACAGUAAAUCUCAUCGAAACAUACGAACAACAAUUUUCUCUUGUAACUGCAGAAAUUAUUUCAGAAACUAACAAAUUAAACAGAUUAACUGGACAUGAAAAGCAACAAGCCACAGCAAAGGUUGAAAGACUGAUUCAAGAGGCCAAUGAACUGUUAGAGCAACUAGAAUUAGAAGUGAGAGGGAUUACACAGAAAGAACGAGAUAAAUAUCAAACAAGACUGAAGAGUUAUGAAGUUGAAUUGAUCAAAUUAGAGAAAGAUUUUAAAAAAUCUCGUGUUGCCAUGUCCUAUAAUUCUCAACUGAGGGAUGAACUAUUUGGGAAUGAUGAUGCCCAGUCGGUUGAGGACAUGAGAACAAGAUUGUUAGAUAACAAUGAGAAGUUAGAAAAAACCACCCAAAGAUUAGAUGAUGGCUAUAAAAUUUGCUUAGAAACCGAGCAAAUAGGGGCCCAAAUUUUAGAUGAUUUAAAUCUGCAAAGAAGUACCAUACAAAAAGCUAAGGACAGGCUGUAUCAGACAAAUGAAGAACUGGGUAGAAGCUCUAGAGUUUUAACUUCUAUGAUGAAGAGGACAAUUCAGAACAGGGUGCUACUGAUAGCCAUGGGUCUCAUAAUGUUUUUCAUCAUCUGCAUCACAUUGUACUUCAUAUUCAGGCCUCAUUAA